AGCGGUCGUACCUACGGUGGCAACAGUUUUAUUAUUAUUGUUAUUGGAGAUGCGUGGGAGUUCCACCGGACGCGCCACAUCCGUACGACACUAGCGAAACCCACUGCCUUGUCUUUUUCUCUUCUUAUCAGUGGGUCUAGUAGAACGGCUGCUGUUGAAAGCAAUACGGCGAACUUCGAUCGAGCACAGGCGACAUGAUCCCGUCGUCAGCGCUGUGCCGACUCGCGUCGCGUGCGGUGAAGGUAUUCGACAUGGCUCCGACCACGGCAUCCCCGCUCUCCUCCAGCGCACACGACUUCCCGCAGUUGGUGAGCUGCACCCGCGCUUUGGUGCUCUUGACGAAGACCCGCAGUGAGAGUGCGGCGGACGCACACAUCGUGCAGUGCCUGCAGCGGUGCGCCGACCACACCCUCACCACACUUCGUCAAUUCCCCGCCACAGCAGACGUCGCACCCGACGUCGCCGUUGUCCUCUUUGGCAUUCUCCGCUCGUCGGUGGGUUUCUGGGAGGCCGAGAGGAGCGCGCAGCUGGCCCAGCAGCUGAACGAGCGGGUGGAUGCGUUGGUGCUGCGGACGUGGCGACCGCGCGUUCUUCUCGCAGCGGUGCACGCCAUCGCCAAGGCCUGCCCUUCUCAAGCCCACUUAUCCUUCCUCCGCGACGCGCUCGCCCUGCUGCAUCACCAGGAGGCGCAGCUGUCCGAGAGGGAUGUGGCGACGCUGCUGUGGUGCAUGGCGGUGCUGCGCGUUGCGGAGACUCAGGAGCGCAUGUGGGCCUCGCUGUGCAAGCGAGCCGCCUUCCACUUGACGCGUAUGAACGCGGUCAGCCGGCUGACGCUCUCGCAGGCCCUGCUUCUGCAACACACCUGUCUCUGCGAGUCACAGGCAGAGCUGCUGCGUGCGGUGCACGAGGUGAACUGCGAGAUCGAGCGCGUUGGCGCCGCGCAGGGUAAACUCCACCAAAGUGGAUCGCAGCGCGGCGACCGACGGGGCCGACGCAGCGCUCACUUCUACGCUGUGAGCAACACCCGCAACAGUCGCACUGACGCGCCGUCGCAGCUGACGUCGCAGCUGCUGCAGUACACCACGCACAGCCUAUCCGACGAGGCGCUUGUCCGUCUGCUCCUCACACUCUUCACCAGCGGUGCGAGGGCGGCGGCGGAGGAGGAGCUGCCGCUCGUGCUUGCCCAUCUCACACAGCGCACGUCCUUGUCGGAGCGACUGUGCCUGCAGGUGCUGUGCUUUGCGCAGCGCUAUGCGUCGUUGAUGGGGGACAGGGCCACCACACCGUCCAGUGAUGCGCACGCGCUUUUAUCGUCGUCGACGGCGUCGUCUUCCAAAGUGUCGGAGCUGGUGCGAGGGGCGCGUCAACACGUUGCGCAGCUGCUGCUGCAGAGUGCUCGCACAGGCCUUGCACGGGCACCUCGAGAGGUGGCAGAGGCGCUCUGCCUGGAGCACCAUUACUACAGCUGCAGAGGCAGCAGCGGCCCCUCCACGCCCACGCGUGUGUCGAAAGAGGCGCUGUCCGCUGACGCGGUCUGGGAGGUCAUUGUGGCGGUGCUUUCGAAGACGUUCAGCGGCGGUUCCACGGCGUUGCACAGCCUUGACGGCGCGGAGUUGUGGAGCUGGCAGUGCACGAGGGCGUAUGUGAGGUCCGUCCAGGAUGCCUCAGCACACACCGGCAACUCUCCCGAAGCUUCAGCAACCCAGAAAGAUGAGCCGCUCAAGCUGGAUCGCCUCGAUCUUUACAGCGAUGUGCAGCGCUGCUGGACGAAUGCUCGAGAGCGGCAAGCGCACUGUGCGGAGCUGAUCGCGGCAUCUGCGCAGAGCGGCGGGACUCAGCUGCUCGCGUACGCUUCUGGACUUCACAGCUCGACCGCACUGAGGUUGCUCGAGACGACUGUGGAGGAAGUACAAGUCGGGGUCCGCGCGUUGUCCGUCGCGACAACACUCCGUCUCCUCUCCGCCGUUGACGAGGCGCCUGCUGUGGUGUUGCCUCUCCUGCACCUGUUGCGGCCGCCGCUGCUCUCCCAGUUGGAGACGCAUACCUCCCGCACGUCUGGCGCACUGGCGGAGGUGAUUCGGUACUUGUCCAACGCCCGCUCCCUCGGUAGCGGGGGAUUGGGUAGCGACGGUGGCGGCGCGGGUGCAAGGCUCUCGGCUCACCCGCGUGUAUCUGACGCGGUGUUGGACGCCUACGUGCGCCUCCUCGCCCAGGAGGGACAGCACCCCCUGCCUCCGGUGCAGGCAAGCUUACUGUUGUGGUGCCUGCAGGAGCGGCAGCGACGACCCGCCGCACUCGAAAGCGCGCUCAUGAUUUUGAUGACACGACGGCUGGGGCAGUCGGCGCCUUUUUUAAGCGCCGCGUCGUUGCCGAUCGAGGCGAUGUGCAACUUGGUGGAGCUCGCGAACGGAUUGCCGCUGGCGCAGGGGGACGCAACGGCCACGGCGACGCGCACGGUGAUCCUGACGACGGUGCUGGAUCAUCUCGUGCAGCGCUGCAUUCCCGCAUGCACGACGGCCGACGGACUCGUCGCGGCUGGCCUGCUGCUGCGUCUCGACGUGAUCGGGGAGUUUCAGAGAGUGUCAGAGAUGGCCGCGGCACUGGACAGGCGAGGGGCGGAGUUGCUGUUAAAAGGCAGCGCCGAAUGGACUCCGACGCAGAAGGCCUACCUGAUCGCUGCACUGGUGUGCGCGCAGGCGGCACCUUCCGAAGAGCUGCUGCGUGCACUCCACAGCAAAGAUCACGUGGGCACGUCUAUUUCGUUUGCGGAGGAGGAAACAGAAACGUUGACGAGGAAGAAGAGUGUUGCACCUUGA